AGGUGAGGAGUGGAGUGUCCCUGAGUCCCAACGGAAGCUUGCGUCGGAUGGAAGAGCGGCUGCUGCUGCUGCUGCUGCACCAUUGAUCUGAUCCCUGAUUUAGUCACAAUUUCCUUGCAAACGGCAAUAUUUAUAUACUGGUUUCCAACAGGAAUACUCCCAAAGCCGUCCAGGAGGGAGCUGGGAACUGGGAAGACGGCCUUCUGGGGCCAAGGCGGAUUCCUAACUUGGUCGCUCUGUAACGCAGAAGAGGAGAGCAUUGCUUACUCAGCAGUCACGGACUGAAUGUGGCUUCAGAAGCACAACCUCUUUUCCUGCGGCUGAAACUUCUUAGCUGGCAACAGCAGGAUGGUUGGCCUGAAGCCCACCGAGAUCCCCCCGUCUGCAACCAUCAAAUUUGUCAGCGCCGGGACAGCCGCCUGCAUCGCCGAUCUCUGCACCUUCCCCCUGGACACAGCUAAAGUCAGGCUCCAGAUUCAAGGAGAAUCGAAAGCUUCCAGGACUGCAAAGAAUGUCAAGUAUAAGGGGGUCUUUGGCACCAUUGCUACCAUGGUGAGGACAGAAGGCCCCAAGAGCCUCUACAAUGGUCUGGUGGCCGGCCUGCAACGCCAAAUGAGCUUUGCAUCCAUCCGCAUUGGACUAUACGACUCGGUGAAGCAGUUCUACACCCCCAAGGGAUCAGACAACGCCAACAUCUUCACUCGGUUGCUUGCUGGUUGCACCACGGGAGCCAUGGCGGUAACUUGUGCCCAGCCCACUGAUGUGGUGAAAGUGCGCUUCCAAGCACACAUCAGUGUGGUGGGUGGACCCAAGAAGUACAACGGGACAGUGGAUGCCUACCGAACCAUCGUCAGAGAGGAAGGCAUCCGAGGCCUCUGGAAAGGGACCCUGCCCAACAUCACCCGCAAUGCCAUCGUGAACUGCGGAGAGCUUGUUACCUACGACCUCAUCAAGGAAAUGCUACUCAAGCACCACCUCAUGACGGACAACUUCCCAUGCCAUUUUGUCGCGGCCUUUGGAGCUGGCUUCUGCGCAACCGUGGUGGCGUCUCCUGUGGACGUGGUCAAAACAAGAUACAUGAACUCCAUCCCUGGUCAGUACAAGAAUGCCCUGAAUUGUAUGCUGACCAUGGUGGUGAAGGAAGGGCCCACUGCUUUCUACAAAGGUUUCAUGCCUUCAUUCCUGCGGCUGGGAUCGUGGAACGUCGUGAUGUUUGUGUCUUUUGAGCAGCUGAAAAGGGUGAUGGUCCUGGCCCAGGUAGCCUGGGAAUCCCCCUUCUGAAACCAGAGCCUGCCUGAAAGAUGAAAAGCAUCCUGGACACUCUCCAAGAGGAGCACAGAAGAGGAAAAUACAAGCUGUGGCUUUGGAUGGAGCUGUGGGAGCUCUCCUUUGCACUUGCGUCAUGGUGGCAAAAUGCAGUUAUCAAUUAUAUUAAUUGUUUCAGCAUAGACUGGAUGGCCUAACAAUGCCUAAUAUUUAAACUAACAGAAGAAGAAAGACUUCUCAAAGCAAAAGCAGCAAUGGAGCCUAGCUGGCAAAAAGGGGAAAGCAUGCUUCAGCUGGACCCUAAAGCAGUCUCUUGCUCAGACGGUUCAUCCAGAUUUGGAUGUGGUUUCUCAUGGACAGAUCAAAGGGCUGUAAUGGACAGAUAUCGCUUCCAUGGAGGAAAGCGCCUGCCGGGAGACCAAUCUGCUAGCAAAUAGAAGCAUCCUGCAAAAGUGCAGCCCUUUUGAGGAAGCAACGCCUCUGCCUCUCUCUCUCUCUCUCUCUCUCUCUCUCACUGUAAAACCUCUUCCACCACAUUUCCCCAUUUUUAAUUUGUUUUUUAAGUCCAAUAAAGUUUUUGUAUUUUGCAGAA